ACCAAUACAAAAAAAAAACCCCGAAAAUAAUACAGAUACUACAAAAAAAAUAAGAACAAUAGAUUAAAAUGCACAUGACAUGUGCUAACACAUGACAUGUGCUAACACACCCCAUGCAAAAAAAGAGAUCCUUUAAUUCUUCCGCAAACUUCUCUUACACUACCAAAGCAUCACUUUUCCAAAAAUAGAUGCGCCUUUGUCUCUCUUUUGCAUAUCUGCAGAAGCUUCGUUGUCUUCGGAUCUCGCAUUUUCUUUCUUUUUUCUCCAUUUUCGAUAUUUUCAUUCUGCAGAUAAAAACCUGUCUCAACGACAUAUCCAGAGAGGAAAGUUUUGGUUACAGAAGCAUUAAAUGAAGACAAUGUCAGAAGACGACUCUAAUGGAGUCAUAUCUUCAAAGAUAAUCGUCAAGGAGAGCUCUCAGGUCAAUUCAUCGUCAAGAAUCUAUUACUACGGCGGAGCCUCCGUGCCUUUUUUAUGGGAGACACGACCAGGGACACCAAAACAUGCUCUUUUCUCUGAAUCAUUACGUCUUCCUCCAUUAACGCCACCCCCUUCGUAUUACUCAUCAUCUUCCUCCUCCGGGAACAAACUGAGUAAAGCGAGAACGAUUAAACAAACUCGAUUCGUGAAGACUCUGUUGUCACGUCACGUGUCGCGUCCUUCGUUUUCUUGGUCGUCUGCGUCUUCUUCUUCUUCCUCUUCGUACUCUUCCUCGUCUCCUCCAUCUAAAGUAGAGCAUCGUCCGAGAAAAUGUUAUUCUUGUUCGAGAUCGUACGUUAAGGAAGACGACGAGGAAGAGAUUGUGUCGUCGUCUCCAACGUCGACGUUGUGUUAUAAAAGAGGGUUUAGUUCAUCUAUGGGGAGUAUGAAGAGAGCUUUGUGUUCUGUUCUUAGCCAUGGAUCUAGUCGUAAAGAUCUUAGAUUGAUGUAAUGGUUUUUCCAUGGUGUUCUUAUUUUGAUUGUUGUUAUGAAAAAUAGGAUCUUGUGUUUUAGGAUCCAUUUUUUCUUUUUCUUUCUUUAAAUGUUUUGGCUUUAACUUGCCUCUUUGAACACAUAUAUUAGUGUUUGAUUGUGUAUUUGUGUUCAACGGUUACAAAAAGAAGUUUAUCAUGUUUUGAUUAUUUUUCGGUUGCUCACGUUUGUGAUUUUGUGAAUUUUAAUGUUUCAAAUUUGUAAAAUUUGAAUAUGUUUUGGUGCACUUAAAAUGCAAUCGAUCGAUAGUGAAAUUAUUUGUUUUGAAUUUAUAAAUUAGAC